AUGGCAAACAGCACGCAUUUCUGGGGUCCUGUAGCAAACUGGGGUCUUCCAAUAGCUGCCAUUGCAGAUAUGAAGAAGAGCCCUGAAAUUAUCAGUGGCAGGAUGACCUUUGCUCUGUGCUGUUACUCACUGCUCUUCAUGAGGUUUGCUUACAAGGUUCAGCCACGUAACUGGCUUCUCUUCGCUUGCCAUCUUACCAAUGAAUCGGCACAACUCAUCCAGGGAGGUCGACUCAUCAAAUACAACACGGAGAAGAAGUGAACGUAGUGAUGAAGGGAAGCUUCAUGGACAACUGCAGAAUCCUGCUUCAAUAACCUAUAAAGUUGAAAAAAAAAUGGAACUCAUUCAUCUAAACAUACUUUCCAAUCAGUAAAUUUGUUUCACCUGACAUCACUUUUUUCAUGACGGUGCCAUGAUUGGUUACGUUAACAAGAUUUAGUCCCUUUAAUGUUAGCUUUUCUCUAAUAAUUAAGCUUAACUGCUGUAAUUUUAGUGAGGUUUGUCUAUGUACAAAAAUGUGCAAACCAGAGGAACUGGUGUCUUGAAUAAAGGCCAGCAGCUGUUGAGUGCUUUAAAGUAGACUGAAAUAGUCAUUCCUUGUUAAUCAUAUCGUUACAGGUCAUUAGCACUGAGUUUUGGUCACCUGCUCUGAAAUUGGUAUUAUUGCUGACAAACCAUAACAUUUUUAAUUAAACACUUAAGACAUGUCUGCUGUGAAUGCAGGACUUCAUUUAUACAUGAAUAAGGCUCCAGUUUAGCAUAGUUUAAAUUCAUUGAUUCAUAAGAGGUCAUGAAAAUUAAAACAGAUUGAUUAAAAAAAGAUAAUCAAAUAAAGACCUAUUUUGAUGCAUAUGUAAAUAUAACAAAUAUUUUAAAGUGUUGGGUGGAUUGGAAAAUAUCUGGAUUAUUAUCUGGUAACGAUAGCUGCUUCUGUCAUUGUUGACUAAGCAUGAAAUGUGCAGUUAUAUUCACAUGUAAAUCACAUUAAUUUAUGUCCAUUGUAUGAUUUACCCAAUGCUGAAUUAAAUUUGUUUAAAUAAACUGAACUGGGGAAA